CGCUUGCCUUCGUCGUCUUCUCUCCAUCCACUCCACUCCUCGCCCCGUUGCUCCCGCCGCCGCCAUGGCGGCCCCACCACCACCCGUCCUCCUCCUCCUCCUGUUGCUCCUACCAAUCCCGCUCGCAUCCUCUUCGGCCGCCGACCUCGCCGCCCUCCUCGCGCUCAAGGCCGCGGUCACCCACGACCCCGGCGGCGCCCUCUCCGCUUGGUCCGCCGCCUCCGCCACCAGCUACUGCCGCUGGCGCGGCGUCACAUGCCAUCCUUCCUCCCUUGCGGUCGCCGCCAUCGACCUCCCCGCUGCCUCCCUCUCGGGCACGCUACCCGCCGCCCUUCCCCUGCCCCCGCGCCUCCGCCGCCUCGACCUCGCCGCCAACAACUUCUCGGGCCCCGUCCCCGACGCCUUCCUCUCGUCCACCACCCUCGGCUACCUCGACCUAAGCUUCAACAGCCUCUCGGGUCCCCUCAAAAUCCCGCCUCCUCUCGCGAACUCCUCGUCGCCCCCCUGCGCCGCGCUCACCCACCUCCGCCUCGCCGGCAACUUCCUCGUCGACCAAAUCCCGGCGGAGAUCGCGCAAUGCCGCUCCCUCCGCGUCCUCGACCUCUCCCACAACGUCCUGGAGGGCGCCAUCCCGCGGGGGCUUGGCCGGCUAGCCGCCCUCCGCGUCCUCGACGUCUCCCGCAACAGCCUCACCGACAGGAUCCCCGUGGAGCUUGUCAACUGCCGGGAGCUCGCAGUCCUCGUGCUCACCAAUCUCACUGCGUCGGCUGGGGAGCAGCCGGAGUUCAAUGCCUUCGUUGGGGUGCUGCCGACGGAAGUGCUGACCAUUCCGGCGAUGGAGGUUCUCUGGGCGCCUAGGGCCAACCUUGAUGGCCGGUUGCCAUUGUCCAGGAAUGGUACCUGCGGUCUUCGUGCCAUGAACCUGGGGCAGAAUUACAUUGCUGGUACCUUGCCCGCUUGGUUCGGAGAGUGUCAUGGCUUGACAUUUCUUGAUCUGAGCUCCAACAGAUUGGAGGGCUCAAUGGCCGCAGAAUUGGCAGUUGGAUGUCUGACGUACUUCAAUAUCAGUGGAAAUUCUCUGUCAGGUCCGCUUCUUUUGUCCACCGAGAGCCAAUGCUCAAGCCGUUUGAUUGGUGAUGAUAUUGUAAUGCAGUACUAUGAUGAAUUGGUUGGUAAUGUGCUGAUUGGAAACCCUUUUGGUUCUGAGUUAGGGGGCAUUGCUAAUGUUGCUCUCCAUGACUUCAGCAACAAUGGCUUUGGCGGGACGUUGCCGUCUCUUACUGUCAGUCUAGAUAGAAACUACUCUUAUGGUUUGUGGCUUAAUGGCAAUAUGUUCAGCAGCACUCUUUCUGCCAGAUUUUUUGGAUUCUGCAAGUUCGCAACAGGCGUUGCAGUCAAUUUGAGUAGUAAUCAGUUGUCAGGAAGCCUUGACAUGCUUUCAACCUGUGCCUCUAUGCAAAAUUUUGAUGCUGGUUAUAAUAACUUCAGAGGGUCAAUACCCGAUGGUGUCGGUGGUCUGCAUUUUCUGAGGAGCUUGGUCUUGAGUGGUAACAAUCUGACAGGUCAGAUUCCAGGGCAGUUUGGUGACUUGGCUGCUCUUGAGGUUCUAGAUUUAUCAAGGAAUUCUCUAACAGGCAGCAUACCAUUACAUUUAACUGACGCUUCACGCCUUGAAGUAUUGAGGCUUGACCAUAAUAGGCUCUCAGGAAGCAUCCCUCCCAGUUUCAGUGAACUAGCUCAGCUUACAGUUCUUGAUGUCUCAUUCAACAACCUAUCAGGUGACAUUCCCAAUCUUAGGCACCCUUCUGAUUGUGGUUUCUUCAUUGGCAAUUCCCUAUUGCACCAAUGUUUGAGUACAAAUGCAUCUCUACCACCAACUGAAGCAAUCAGUUCCUCAAAAGGAGCGAAAAAAUGGGGGUCUAAAUUUAAGUCUCUUAUGGUGAUUUUAGUUGCAGCUUCAACUGCUGCAAUAUCUUUUCUUCUUGUGAUCCUUCUCUUCUUUGUGUGUGAAAGAAGGAAACGGGUGAAGAUUUCAAAUCUAAGGACAAAAGUGGUCGUGACUUUUACUGAUGCCCCUCCGGAGCUUACUUACGAAAACCUUAUCCGAGCAACAAGCAAUUUCAGCAUCCAGAACUUGAUUGGUACAGGUGGCUUUGGUGCGACCUACAAGGCUGAACUGGCUCCUGGUUUUCUUGUAGCAGUGAAGAGGCUAGCCAUGGGGCGCUUCCAAGGUCUCCAGCAGUUUGAUGCGGAAAUCAGAACUCUUGGAAGAAUCCGGCAUAGAAAUCUUGUUACACUUAUUGGGUACCAUCUCGGAGAAUCAGACACUUUCCUUAUCUACAACUAUCUCUCUGGUGGGAACCUCGAGACGUUCAUACAUGAAAUGGGGAGCAGAAAUGUGUCCUGGAUUGAGGUUCACAAGAUAGCGGUGGAUGUUGCACAAGCAUUGGCUUUCCUUCACUGCUCCUGCACACCCCGGAUAAUUCAUCGAGACAUCAAACCGAGCAACAUCCUCCUUGACGAGGAUCUUAACGCAUACUUGUCAGAUUUUGGCUUGGCGAGACUGAUAGAAGUUACACAAACGCAUGCCACAACGGAUGUUGCUGGUACCUUUGGGUAUGUCGCACCAGAGUAUGCAACCACCUGCAGAGUCUCUGACAAGGCUGAUGUUUACAGCUUUGGGGUUGUUCUCCUGGAGUUGAUGUCAGGCAAGAGGUCUUUGGAUCCGUCGUUCUCACAGUUUGGCAAUGGCUUUACAAUUGUAUCGUGGGGACGGAUGCUGAUGCAGGAAGACAAUACCAGCGAAUUCUUCUCUCGAGGACUACUGGAUGCAGCACCAAAGGAUAGAUUAACUGAAAUGCUAAAGAUAGCUUUAUCAUGCACCUUAGAAUCUGUAGCUGUUCGGCCAUCAAUGAGGCAGGUUGCAGCAAAGCUGAAGCAAUUGGGGAAUGACCGAUGAGCAGUAAGCUGAAGCAAUCAGGAAAUGGCUGAUGAACAGUCAGCAGUGCAAUGAUGGUUCCUUGUACUAUCAUCCAGUUAUCUCUGUAUCACCAAAUUUUUGCACUGUUGAUGAGAUUCCAUGAAGGUUGUGUGCUAAUAUCAGCAUGAAAACUAAUCGUCCCUGGGCUGAGCCGCCAGUCACAGGCUACAUGAUGAUCACCAGAAUGCCGUGAAUGAUUGCAUCUCCAGUUGUAGGCCCAAGCUCCCAGUUGGUCUGUUUCAGUUGCCGCGGCCGUGACAUAGAAUUGGAGAUCUGAAGUUGCUUCAGGGAUUAAGCUUAAGCAGGACAUCCUUAGUGGCGAUGUUUGGUUGGUAGCCACAUAUUGCAGAAAAGAUUACGGCAAAUUGUGGCGCAUCUAACAUACACAGUGGGCAUUUUUUCAGGGAAUUGGAGUUUAGCACAUAUUCUUUUUUUUUGGUUGAAUACUGGUAUUUGCAAAACGGCGAAUGUUAUGGUAGUUGUA